AUGCCAGCAGCAUCGCACCCUCAGGCGAAAUUUGAUCCUAUAUCGCCGGAUCUUGACCUGCGCUCUUUGGUUGAUGAGGUGCCUAAUCUAAAAUGGGCACAGCGAGUCUCAAGAAGCCAGUUGCGCAAUUUGGGACCCCAGGAAUUCGAAAAGCUCGUUCUUAUGCACGUCAUCACAGGAGGAAAACCGCUUGUCAUUGAAGGGCUACAUGCCGCUUUACCGAAGUGGCUCUUCAGCACCGAAUGGCUCGAACAACAGUAUGACAAAAAGGAAGAAAGAGUUCGCGAUAUCGUGUCGCAGAGCGACAUUCCCAUGACGACCGGUCAUUAUCUGCGAUCUAUGAAACAGCUGACCAAUCAGUGGACUCCUACCAACUUUCGUGAUGAAAGACGACAGCGCCUCUACCUCAAAGACAUCGAUUGCCCACCAGAAUGGCACGAGGCCCUACAAAAGGUCAUCAAUCCGGUCUUAUUUUAUCUUAAUAGUGCUGUCGCGCGCACCGGCACCGAACCGGAAACUGAAGAUGAGCGACAAAAUCCGGUAACUAACGGCACCUCAGCUGGAGAUUUGAUGUCCAGCUUACCUCGGGACAUGCGCGCGGAAAAUCUAAUGUGCUACAUUGGUCAUGAAGGCACGUACACACCAGCGCAUCGCGAGAUGUGCGCGUCUUUGGGACAAAACAUAAUGGUCGAGGCAUCAAGUGACGACAACGGCGAGAAGCCUGGAAGCUCGAUAUGGUUUAUGACGGAAACGAAAGACAGGGCGGUCGUCCGCGAAUACUUUCUGUCUAUGCUCGGCCACGAUAUCGAGAUUGAGAAGCACUUUGCACAAGUCAACGCUUGGAAGAAGGCUCCGUUUGAUGUCUACGUCGUGGAACAGCGUGUUGGCGAUUUUAUUUUGGUUCCUCCUCUUGCCGCUCAUCAAGUGUGGAACAGAGGCACAAGAACUAUGAAGGUCGCAUGGAAUCGAACCACCGUCGAAACGCUUGAGCUGGCUUUGCAAGAGGCGCUGCCCAAAGCACGACUGGUAUGUCGCGACGAACAAUACAAAAAUAAAGCGAUGAUUUACUACACCCUUGAAAGCUAUUGCAAGCGUCUGCGAGCGCUUGACAACUAUGCCGAAAAGACCCAGCUCGGCUUCAUAGAUUUGGGUCGAGAUGACAUCCGGAAUUCAGUUCGAACCAAGCAGCUUGCAUCAGACUUCAAAAAGCUUUUUGUCCUCUUUACGCGGAUACUCGUUGAUGAAGUGUUUGCAUAUAAGGAGAAGGAAAUUGACUUCGUUCCUUUUGAUUCCUGCAUCACCUGCUCAUACUGCCGCGCAAAUAUCUUCAAUCGCUUCCUGACUUGCAAACACUGCGUUCGGACUCUCGUCAAUGGCGACGAAGACACAUACGAUGUUUGCAUGGAAUGCUACGCCAUGGGCCGCUCCUGCGUCUGUCUCUCGGGUUUGCAAUGGUGUGAGCAGUGGUCCUGGAGUGAGCUUGUCAACAACCACGAGAUUUGGCGGUCAAUGGUCAUAUCUAAUGAUGGCUUCAUUGACGUCAAUGUUUCUCCCAAACCACUUGAAGUCGCCAAGCAAUUAAGCGGUAAAAAAUCGGUUGCGCAAAUUUGCCAGGAGGCACUGCGGCGACGACCGUGGAAGGAUAUCACCCGACCUGAGAAGGAACCAACUCCGAGCGACUCUGAGGAGGGAGGCGAUGGAGAGGAAGGCAAAGCAAAAAAGAGCCGAAAGAAGAAGAACAAGAAGGGCGAUGUGCGGCGAUGCCACGUGUGCUGCCGCAAGGAGUUCAGCUAUCGCAUGCAGACAUGCUCAAAUCCCGACUGCUCUGAAGCGUACUGCUUUGGCGUCCUUUAUAGGGCAUUCGACAUGAUGCCGCAGGAAGUCCUCCAGGACGAACAUUGGAUGUGUCCCAAGUGCUUGGGGAUAUGCAAUUGCGGUUAUUGUCGUCGAUCAGGAAACACCAAGCCAUACACACCCAAAAAUACAUCACUGGGCCACGAUACAAGGUCCGUUGCGGAUGACCGAAGCAUCGAGGCCCUCGUUGAUUUUCGACUACACAACUUGGCCUGGCUGAAGGCCGCGGGCGAAGAAAGCCGCGGAAAGGAUACCAGGCGCAUGCAGCGCUUGAGAGAACAAGCAGACACGGCCAAGGCGGAGGAUGCGUCUACUGAGCACCCCGACGACGAUAAGUCAGGAACAGCUGUCGAAGGUUCGGCCCAUACAUCACGCCAACACGGUGGAGCUUCGGAACUACUUGACGGCGAUACUCCUCACUAUCAUGGAAACGACACAGCGGAUUCCCCUUUUGCCCAGCCCGAAAUCAAUCGACAUGGUGUAGAGCCAUCAUCACUGUCGGCCCCUUGGCUUAACAGAGACCAAGCUGCAAAUGGGCAGCAUGGAGAUGAUUUGUCUUAUCCCGACCCGACCGUUUUCGCAGCUCAAAGGAUUGGUAUGGGCUAUUACGAACAAGACGAUACCCCAGAUAAGAUUCUUUUUGACCCCUACCAAGCCCCAACCGCCGAAGAUUUGAGGGAAGGCGAAUCAGAUGUACCAGAAUUCGUCAAAAAAUCAAUCCGCAGCGCGAAACGGAAGGCCAAAAAAGAAAAUGAAGAUCCAGACUUCAUUAUAAAGAGCCAUCAUCGAAAAAGGACACGGCCCCAGCGAGAGGCCGAUUUCCUCGACAGUAUGGAUCCUGCUUUGUUCAAUGAAGCUCCUGAUCAUUCUGCACAGGAAAAAAUGCAAGAUGAUCCGUGGGAAAAUGCCGAAAAUAUCACCCCUGUACAAACCAGCGAUACGGAAGCGAAAAGAAAGGAGAAUCCGCGGCAUGACGCAAACGAGCCUCUGCUAAGACACGCAAAGCCCAGGGCAUCUUACGUUGAAGUGGAAGAUGUAGAGAUUGAAGGGUUCAACGAAAAUGAGCAAGGCGAUAUGCCACCAGCCAACAAAGGAAGCAAAGCGUCGCCUGAACCAGCAACAACUGGUGCUCCUGAGCCAGCAGCUGAAAAUGGAGCUCUUAAGCCAACUGAACCGAAGGCUCAUGCCCAAGAUUUAUCUUUUAGUGGCGCUUUCACAGGACCAAAACGACGUGGCCGGCCUCCAGCGCACACGAAGCGGCCCUCUGCCGCAACCCGUGAAGUGCAGUCCACACGGGUGGAUAUUUCAGAAGAGUCGAGGGUCGGAACUGAGGCACGGCGACGCGGCCCUGGCCGACCCAAGAGGUCUGCCUCCAACUCAGGUGGCGCUUCAAAGAAACACAGAACUGAGCAUGACAAUUCUGAGCCUACUCCCUCUCAAAUGGCCCAAAGAGGCGGCAAACCACGCAGGGGUCGACCUCCUGCCUCUGGGAAGCCCAAGUCGCCAGCUACUAAACAGGCUGCCGUCGAAGGUCGGCAGUUUAUGUCUCUGAAGGAGCGUAUGGCGCUCCGUGGAAAGACAUUCAAAAUUGCAAAGCGGGAUGGGAAAGGCUCACCAGUGCAUAGCACACCCCAGCCUGGACCAAUUCAGAAAUCGACAAGCGUGACUGUGCAGCUGCCAAGCUUUACUCCAGUCAAUAGGUGGGUGUCAACCCCCACGCACGCUUCUCAGCGUGACGAAGCAAAGCUCAGCACUGCCACCGCGCGAAAGAGUGGCGUAGAUGUCGCCGAAACGUCAAGAGCCGUCCAAUCAGGAAGCGAUUCAGGCUCCAGUGACGAUGAUGAUAUUCCUGCAAGAAUUGAAGGGGCUCAAAAUGUACCUAGGUUGGCUUCUGUGGCAUCCAGAGGGCGUGGGCGGCCCAGAGGACAGCCAAGCAUGCGCUCUCGUGGACGAGGGCGCGGUUAA